UUGUUUCCACCGGGAUGUGAGGAAUGAGGAAAAGGAAAGAGAAGAAGAAGAAGUUAGUGUUUAGAGUCUUCCAGCUCCAUUGGUGAACCCAGAGGGAUGGUGCGCAUGGGGGUCACAGAGUGGUGCGCGCGGUUUGCGGAGCGCCACCGGUCCGCGCUGAACUUUGCGGUGCUCGUGCUCGGUUACGUGCUGUAUCUCAUCAUCGGCGCGGGGAUCUUCUCCGCCAUCGAGCUGCCCUACGAGCGCGAGCUGCGACAGGAGCUGAAGGCGGCGCGAGACGAGUUCCUGAGCAACAACAGCUGCGUGUCCGACGCGCGCCUCGAGGAGCUGCUGGCGCGCGCGCUGGAGGCCAGUAACUAUGGAGUGUCCGUUCUGAGUAACGAAACUGACCGGAACUGGGACUUUGUGUCGUCACUGUUCUUCACCAGCACCUUCCUGACCACGACAGGUUAUGGACACACAGUUCCUCUGUCAGAUGGAGGUAAAGCCUUCUGCAUCUUCUACUCGCUCUUCGGCAUCCCCGUCACCCUCCUCUUCCUCUCGGCCGUGGUGCAGAGGAUCAUGGUGGUGGUGACGCGGCGCCCGGUGUCGUACUUCCACCGCCGCUGGGCCGUCCCCAGGCCGGCGCUGGCCGCCGCCCACGCCGCCUGCCUGGCCCUCGUGGCCUUCCUGGUCUUCCUCAUCAUCCCCUCGUGGAUCUUCGUCAGCCUGGAGAAGGACUGGAACUUCCUGGAGUCUCUGUACUUCUGCUUCAUCUCCCUGACCACCAUCGGCCUCGGGGAUUACGUUCCAGGAGAGACGCACAGUAAAGACGCUCAGUCUCAUCCUCAGCUCUACAGACUGGCCAUCACAGUGUACUUGCUGCUGGGUUUAGUCUGUAUCCUGGUGGUGUUGGAGACCUGCUGUGAGCUUCCCCAGAUGAGACGCCUCCGACAGAGGUUUUACCAGGAAAACGUUCGGGAUCUGGACUCGGAGACCACCAACAUCAUAAACCGGGACCACCUGAGCGACCAGUUGAACGACACCAUGGAUCAGCUUUCAGACCCCGUUCCGGUGAUUCCGUCAGUGUCGGAACAAGCCGCCUCGCUUCGACAGAACAAAUCAGUUCCUUAUACUGCGGCAUCUGGGUCCUCCAGCAACGGAAAACUGAGAUGACAGAGGAGGUUUGGCUCAUUUAUGGACUGUAAAUAUGUUCAAGACCAAGUGUUUUAUCUACAUAGAUAGCAAAAAAAUGAUCUGAAUCACUUAAAUGUAGCCUUUCUACUGUCAAAUACUGAAAAAAUGACCAAAAAUAUCAUUAUAGUGUUUACAAUAAAGAGCUGUCAAAUUCUGACAAAGAUGCCAGUGUAUGGAAUUAUAGAGAUAUGAACUGGAUUUAUUUACAUUAACAGACCAGGGGAUUUAUGUGACAGCUAGAGCAGUGGUUCUCAAACUUUUUACAGUGGAGUACCCCCUGAAAUAUACUUUUUUAGCCAAGU